AUGGUAGCGCAGUUGAGGACUCUGACAGAGGCCAUGUUUCGAGGGCCUGCAAUAACCGUGCUGCCUAUCAUCGGAGGCUGCAGGGUCGGCAAGAAGACUCUGGUUGGGAACAUCUGCAGCGACGACAGGAUCCGUUCCUGCUACCCUAGCAUCUUCCAUUUCAGCGGAGACGAGAUUCAGAGAAUCGACUACGAAGAAAAGUUCUGCAGGCACGUCAGGACUCUGGUCACCGUCGAGUUUGCCUCGGACGUGGCUGACGAGGAAUGGCUCGAGUUUCAGUCGUUGUUGGUAGCAUCCACAGGCCGAGGAAGCAAGGUGAUCAUCAUAAGCAGGCUGGAGAAACUCGCGCGGUUUGGGACGGUGAGCCCGGUGCGGAUCGGCAGCUUGUCGCGCGAGGAGUACAGGUACCUGUUCAAGGUGCUCGCGUUCGGCAGUGCCGACCCGGCGGACCACCCACGGCUAGCCUUGCUAGGGAGGGAGCUGGCGACGGUGUUCCGGGGCUCGCACGUCAUGCUCAACGUGUACGCCUCCGUGCUCAGGAGCAGCCUCAGCGUCCGUCUCUGGACGCGUGUCCUGGACCUGUUCAGAGCCAUGGCACGCCGGAAUCUGGCCGUGUUCGGUGAGCAUCCGACGACUCUUCUCGAGAGAGACGGCAGCGCGGUCGACAUCACCGGCUUCUCUCUGUCGUCGCUGUCUGGUGCGUCGUUCCGGCUGGUGCUGCUGACGACGACGACAGCUGCGAAGGGUGGUGGUGCUUCGGACGACGGCGCAGUAGUGUUGCCGACGAUGUCGUUUGGGGAUAUAAUAGCGGGCGCUGAGAUCCUGCCUGAUCGAUUUCGGUUGGUUUGGGAAUCAAGGCUGCCGCCUUAUACUGUCAUCUAUGCAAAUUGUGCUGCAGAGAAGCCUCAGGGCCCGGUGUCAGUGUCACCAAGAAGGAACAAGCGUCAGAAGUUGUGUAUGUAA